AUGAAUAAUAUAAGAUAUUAUAAAGGUAACAUUUUAAAUGCUGUGAAGCAUCCUAGAAUAAUAAUUCAGUCAUGUAAUUGUAAUGGUUCUUGGGGUGGAGGAAUUGCAUAUCAAUUAGCUACACAUUAUCCAAGAGCUGAGGAUAUGUAUGUGAGGAUAUGCUCACAAUAUAACAAUGCAUUACUUGGAAAAUGUGUCUUAAUCCCUAGCUAUGAAGAUGAAAAUCAGCUCAUCGCCUGUUUAUUCACUUCAUCGUUCGGAGGAGCAAGUCAUGAUACUUCAAGUGAUAUCCUUAAAUACACAAAAUUAGCAUUGCUUCAAUUGAAUAAAAUGAUUCGAACUGAUGAUUUAUUAAUUGAUAAGGAAAUUAGUAGUACUAUUGAAACAAUGACAGAUGAUAUUCGUAAACCUUUAUCCAAAUAUUCUUUAGAAAUGCCAAAGAUAAAUAGCGGUAUAUUUGGCGUUCCUUGGGAAAAAUCAGAAGCCAUACUAAAAGAAUUCGAAGCUGAAUUAGAAUUUGUGGUUUAUGAACUCUAA